AUGACAAGAUCCGAAUUCACAACAAUGAGUUUCCCAGAGGCAUUUGUCAUUGGUCUUGACUUUGGCUCCGAUUCGGCGCGGGCUGUUCUUGUUCGGGUAUGCGAUGGAAAGGAGGUUGCUGUGGCUGUGGAGCCGUAUCGCCGUUGGAGCGAUGGCAAAUACUGCGAUCCAUCAAAAAACCAAUAUCGUCAUCAUCCUUUGGAUUAUAUUGAGGCCUUGGAAAUUGUUGUUUCUCGGGUCUUGGACCAAGGACCACCUGAGGUAAGAAAUCAUGUUGUGGGAAUGGCAUGCGAUACCACAGGCAGCACACCAUGUUUUGUGGAUGAAAAGGGUGCUCCACUGGCCCUUCAGGAAUUGUUUUCAGAGAACCCGAACGCAAUGUUUAUUCUUUGGAAGGAUCACACUUCGGUAAAUGAGGCUAUGGCAAUAAAUGAUUUGUGCAGGAAAUCUUUAGUGGAUUACACAAUGUACUCGGGGGGGACUUAUUCUUCAGAGUGGUUCUGGUCCAAGGCUCUGCACGUGCUUCACCAUGACAAAGCUGUUCGGGAAAAGGGCUACGCCUUGUUGGAGUUGUGUGAAUGGAUUCCUGCACUUUUAACAGGGGUUUCUUCUUAUGCUGAAGUGGUAAGAAGUCGGUGUGCAUGUGGCCAUAAAGCAAUGUGGAAUGAGGAAUGGGGUGGAUUCCCGCCCUCUGAAUUUUUUUUUCAACUGGACCCGGCGUUAAGCGUGAUACGUUCCAGAAUGGGAGGUGAUACAUUUACGGCUGAAAAACCUGUCGGCUGCCUUUCUCCAGAUUGGUCUCGACGUUUGGGACUUAGGGAGAAUGUGGUUGUUGCUGGAGGCGCGAUUGAUUGCCACAUGGGUGCUGUCGGUGCCGGGAUUGGGGAAUACACACUUGUUCGAGUAAUGGGCACCUCCACCUGCGAUGUGAUGGUGUCGUCUCGAGAAGACAUGAAUAAACGGCGGAUCAACGGUAUUUGUGGGCAGGUGGAUGGAUCUGUUUUUCCCGGGAUGAUAGGUCUGGAGGCAGGGCAGGCGGCUUACGGUGAUGUUUUUGCCUGGUUUUUCUCGCUGCUCGCCUUUCCGCUAAAAACGGUGAUUCAAAAUUCUACUUUGAUAUCUGAAAAGGAGAAGGUGAAGGUCUGGGAAGAGUACAAAAGGGGCAUUUUUGGCGUACUAACCGAGAGGGCUGAAAAAAUGGAACCGAGUCCGGUAAAUGCACUUGCUGUUGACUGGUUUAAUGGGAGGAGGACACCUGAUGCAAAUCUCCUCCUCAAAGGGGCGAUCAGUGGGCUUACGCUUGGGACGGAUGCCCCCACCAUUUUUCGUGCUCUUGUGGAGGCUACAGCAUACGGAUCACGGGCUAUCGUUGAACGGUUUAGGGAGGAGGGUGUACGUAUAGAUCGUGUAAUUGCGGUUGGUGGUAUAGCAAAAAAGUCGCCACUGGUGAUGCAAGUUCUAAGUGAUGUUCUUAAUGUGCCAAUAGGUGUUUGCCGCACGGAUCAGGCGUGUGCUUUGGGUGCAGCAAUGUUUGCUGCAACCGCUGCAGGUUGUUACAGCUCGAUCGAGAUGGCUCAGAAAAAGAUGAGCAGCGGCUUCGUCAGUGAAUAUACAUCGUGCUCAGCAAGGGCAGCUGUUUACGAUACACUAUAUGGAUCCUACCAGCGGCUUGGCCGUGCCAUUCAAAAAGAAUCCUUUUCUCACCUUUGA